AUGUUUGACUCCGACAUUUCCGACAACAAUUCAGAUAUUGAUAUAGAAGAUCGUUCCUCUCCCGAUUCAGAAGCUUUAAAUUGUCAUUAUAAUGGUCAAACGUUAUCCAAUGGUCAUUUAUUAUUUAGCAACAAUGAAUCUAGUCUUGACUCUUCCCACUUUAUUAAUGAUAAUGAACAUUCCGUAAGCAGCCAAUUGCCUCAAACACAUGGGGGUGGAUUUUUGGGAGAACAUAAAAUGGGUUUGCCGAAAAGCGGUCGAAAACCUAGACGUCGGCGGACAGCUUUUACACAUGCCCAGUUGGCAUAUUUGGAGAGAAAAUUUCGUUGUCAAAAGUAUCUGAGUGUGGCCGAUAGAAGCGAUGUGGCAGAAACUUUAAAUUUGUCGGAGACACAAGUGAAAACGUGGUAUCAAAAUCGGAGAACCAAAUGGAAACGUCAAAAUCAACUGCGCCUAGAACAAUUACGCCAUCAGGCUUCCAUGAAAAAGGAAUAUGUAGCGGAAAAUGGUUCAGGAAACCCUUUGGGCUGUUGCCCGCCCGGCUUAACAUCUUUCAACGCUACCAAUCCCUGUAAUUUUCUAACAUCAGCAGCAGCAGCGGCCAUAUUUCGCAAUGUCAGUUACGUGCACGGUUGUCCGUUGUAAAAGUUUUUUUUUAGAAUAAGUAAUACCAAGUUGUUUUAUAAUUUAACUUAAGAGCGUUCGUAAAUAAUUAUAUUUGUUGAAUAUUUAUUAAAAUAAAUAGGAUUUUGUAAAUAGAAAUAAGAUUAUUUCGUAAUUUUUAGGUGAAAUAAAACACCAAAACUGUGCAAUAUUUAUAAAAAUUAAAAAUAUUUUUUAGUU